AUGACACCAGCCGCUGCAAGCCCCAUGUUUUCCUCUUCCAACAACUCGAUGGUCAAAAAUUGUCCCUCAGACUACAAGUGGCUAUUCCUGCAGGAAAAGGAGAGUCAGAGGCAGGCAGAAGCGAGUCAGAUGCAGGCAGAAGCGAGUCAGAGGCAGGCAGAAGCGAGUCAGAGGCAGGCAGAAGCGAGUCAGAUGCAGGCAGAAGACCGAGAGAGAGAGGCGCAAGACGAAGAGAGACAGGAUAGGCAACGUAACCGACUUACGAACUUCAAAGAAUUUUUGCGUUACACCCAUACCUACCCUCGCGACCGCUGA